AUGACCUACGGCAGUGCUCUAGGUUGGCCCUCUCCAGUCCUUGUCCAGAUCUCCCAGACAGGACUGCCCUUCACCCUGGACGCCUCCCAGAUCUCCUGGAUGGUCUCCCUGGUCUACGUCACCAACCUGCUCAGUCCCUUGCCGGCAGGAGCCCUAAUGGACGCCCUUGGUCGCAAGAGGGCGCUGAUCCUUCUCACCCUUCCAGCCCUCAUCUCCUGGCCCAUCGCCCUUCUAGCAACGGAUGUCAGGUGGUUGUACCUGGCGCGAUUGUUGGUGGGCAUACAAGGUGGAGCUUCCACUACAAUUGCCCCCACCUACAUCUCGGAAACAGCCUGUGCCAAACACCGAGGCGCCAUGAACACUAUGGGCAUGUUUUUCUGCUUUGUCGGCAUUUUCUACAGCUACAUCAUCGGCCACCUCGUCUCCUAUGCUUCCCUCUGCCUCCUCAACGGACUCAUCCCCCUCACCUUCAUCCUACUAUUCUCCCUGUUACUCCCCGACACCCCCUACUGGUACCUUAUGAAGAACAACCCUCAACUAGCUGCCGAAUCUCUAGCUUGGCUCAACUCUACAACAACCCCACACAUCCAAAACGAACUGAACCUGAUUCAAAACGGUGUACAACAACAGAUAUCCAACAAAAAUAGUUUUGAAGAGCUGCUACGUUCUGCUACCAACCGGAGAGCAUUGAUAAUACUCUCCCAGAUCUAA